UCUCUACUUUGGUGCGCUGCAUACGCGGCUCGAACAGCUGACAGUUCGUUUCAGUUGCGCGCAGCUGAGCAAGCAGCAACAGAUUUGAAGCUGCUUCUCUUUUGUCUUUUACUAAUAUUUGUGUGUAAGUCUAAACAACAGUCACUAGUAAACAAGCACAUGUAUUGCAACUAAGAGAUUUUUGAGCGCGCUAAAACGUCCUCGAACUGUGCAUCAAAUCUGUCUUAGAUGUUGCGACGCGUGCUUGGGUUUAGCGCUUUAGGCGCUGGCCUCGUCAGCACUGGCCUGAGCCUCCACACGAAUGACUAUGAACUCAAUUCGCUGGGUAUUGUGCGUUUGACGCGUUCUGCCUGCGCUGUGGUCGAUGUGGCGCUCACCUACAAGCGGGAGCUCUAUUAUAAGGAGUGGGACAAGUCCACGCCCGAGUACAAGGCUGAGAAGAGUCGCGUGCAUAAAAUCGCCGCUGAGAAACUACUCGAGCUCAUCUGCACAAACAAGGGCGUAUAUAUCAAAGUGGGUCAACAUAUUGGAGCACUGGAAUAUUUGCUGCCCAAGGAGUUUGUACAGACAAUGAAGGUGCUGCAUUCGGAUGCGCCACAGAAUCCUAUCGAGGAUUUAUACAAGGUCAUACGACAGGACUUGAAACGGAAUCCCGAGGACUUCUUCGAUGACUUUGAGCGUGAGCCGCUGGGCACUGCAUCAUUGGCACAGGUGCACAAAGCGCGACUGAAGACAGGUGAAGUGGUGGCUGUUAAGGUGCAGCAUCCAUAUGUCAAAGGCAACUCGCGCGUCGACAUGAAGACCAUGGAGCUGGCCGUCAAAGUGCUGGCGCUCAUAUUUCCCGACUUUAAAAUACAAUGGCUUGUCGAGGAGUCCAAGAAGAAUCUGCCCAUUGAGCUGGACUUUCUGAACGAGGGCAAAAAUGCCGAAAAGGUCGCCGAGCAGUUUAAGAAAUACAGCUGGCUGCGUGUGCCGAAAAUCUACUGGGAGCUGAGCUCAUCCCGUGUGCUAGUCAUGGAGUAUCUGGAGGGCGGACAUGUCACAGAUUUGGAUUACAUUAAGAAGCAUAAUAUUGAUGCCUUUGCGGUGGCCAACAGAAUCGGACAGCUUUACUCGGAGAUGAUCUUCUCCACGGGCUUUGUGCACAGCGAUCCACAUCCGGGCAACAUACUGGUGCGGCAGACGCCCAAAAACAAUUUAGAAAUCGUUUUGCUGGAUCAUGGACUCUAUGCGAAUCUUAGCGAUAAAUUUCGCUAUGAAUACUCAAAGCUCUGGCUAAGCAUCUUGAAUGUCGAUCGCAAAUCCAUGCGACAGCACAGCGAGCAGCUGGGCAUCAAAGGCGAUCUGUAUGGACUGUUUGUUUGCAUGGUGACGGGCCGACCCUGGGAUACACUGAUGCAGGGCAUUAACAAAGUCAAAUAUUCCAAAGAAGAGAAGAACACACUGCAGAGCAACACGUCGCUUGUGCUGCCUCACAUUUCGGAUGUGCUCGAGCAGGUGGAUCGGCAAAUGUUGCUCAUACUGAAGACAAACGAUUUGAUACGCGGCAUUGAGUCAACGCUGCGCACACAGAACCGCAUGACCGCCUUCUGGGUGAUGUCCAAGUGCUGUGUGCAAUCCUCCUACGCGGAGCAGCUGGCCAAGCAACCGGAGGCAGCGAAACGCUGGCAGUUGAGGCUACGCGAACGUUGGGAUCUAUUCAAAUUGAAUAUCUACUACCUCUAUCUGGGGUUAAUUAACUUUGGAUUUCUUGCGGCGCUCAAGCAGGUGCUCUAGCUUGGACAGCACUUGGAAUGAAGUACAAAUUAAAAUGGGAUAAAUGCAAACUAAAA